AUGCCACAAACUAAAGAUCAAAAGAAGGAGAAAAAGAGAAUCGCAGAACGUAAAAGGAUGGAAAAUAUAAGAAAAGAUCCAGACAAGUAUGCUCUGUGGAAAUUAAAAAUGAAAGAAACAUAUUUGAAAAGAAAGAGACAAGGUAAAAUCACAUCAGUUCAGAAUUUGACACCGAAACAACAAAAAUUAGCUAGGAAGAAAAGCAGAGAAAGUACUCGAAGAUGGUAUGCUAAAAAGAAAUUAUUAAAAGAACGUGAUAUUCAUUCAGAAGAGGAAAUCAUUAACGAAUGUGAUCCGGCAGACGAUACCGAAAUAAAUGAUCCUUUAGAUUUGAAAUUACCAUCAUCUCCAGAAGUUUCGAUUAUACCAAGAUCUCCGGAUAUUCCCAGCUCAUCACAGGUAUUAACUCAGUUUUCACCACAUUCUGCACGUAUAACAAGAUCAACAAUAAGACAAAAGAGGACACUUGGAAUUGAUUUGAACCUAACAGAAAAUGAAACAGAUAUCUCAUCCAAUGCUGACGUCCAUUCGAGAAUAAUAUCGCCUUCACCAAAUACUUCGAUAUCAGAUUCACCAAGGACUCCCAGCCCACAAAGUAGCAUCGCAUCGUCACCACGACGUGUCGUCAGCCCAAAAGUUUAUAAAAAAGCUGCACGGAAAACACCUCUUAAAAAAGAAAUCGCCUUGGAAACAUAUUUUACGAAAGUUUCAAUAUAG